CGUACCAUUCAUUCUCCAGCUAGUGUUCUUCUCUGUUAGUUCAGUCUCCUCUCCCCACAGCCUUCACCGAGACAAAUUCCAAAUCUUACUGCCCUUGCGAUGCAUGUCCGAUUCCAGAUCCUGGUCUGGGCCUGGUGUCUACCGCUGAUGCUUGCGGUCACGGCGGCUGAGGAGCAGCAAGGAGAAGGCUGCUCGGCCAAGUGCGGCGCUGUUACGAUCUCAAAUCCAUUCUGGUUCACUGACUUGGAGACGGGAAGAUCAUGUGGUUCGCCUCGAUUGCCAGACUUCCAGCUUACAUGCCUUAACAACAGUUACCCACUUUUACCGAGCUCCGUGCCUUACAAGCAUGGCUUUGCAAUCCUCAAUAUCUCCUACGGGGAACGCAGCUUGCACGUCAUUGAUCUGGGCAAGCUGCAACUAUUACACGACGAGCCCAAUAACUUCAACAGCUGCUUGCCGAUCUGGAACACCUCUGCCAAACUGGGCCGCCCGUUUAAGAUCUCCCCCGUCAACCAGGAACUCAUCUUGUACAACUGCACGGAGAAGGCCGCGGCGGCGGCACGCCGGGAAAAAGAACUGGUGCAGGCGAAGGCGAUGAGGUGCGUGAACACGAGCAACGCGUUUGUUCGUGCGGGAGUGCCAUACGACCCCACAGGGAGCUACUCCGGUUAUGCUUUGGAGGACUGCGCUCCAAUCGUCUUGCCGGUGUUGCCGUCCGGCGAGACGAACGCGAGCCACUACGAGCGGCUCAUCCAAAGUGGCUUCCUCCUGAAAUGGGAACUGCCCCCUCCAGGUAGUGAGAGGAGAGCGAAGAAGAUUAUACUAAUAGGUAUACCAUCAGCAGCUGCAACCUUUCUCUUUGCAUGUCUUUAUGUACUCAUAUGGCAUGGAAACGGGAAAGGACUAUGGUUUCUCCUUUGCAAUAGUAGCAGUAAAACUGAAAAAAAUUACGAGGCCAUGAUAGUCUCAUAUGGAUCCCUAGCUCCAAAAAGAUACAUGUACUCAGAGGUAAUGAAGAUAACGUCUUCUCGCAACAAUCAGCUUGGAAAAGGUGGUUAUGGUGUGGUUUUCAAAGGAAAACUACAUGAUGGUCGUCUGGUUGCAGUGAAAUUCUUGCAUGACUACAAAGGAAAUGGAGAUGAGUUUGUGAAUGAGGUUAUGAGCAUUGGCAGGACCUCUCAUGUUAAUGUUGUUAGCUUAUUUGGGUUUUGUUUGGAGGGAUCAAAACGAGCUCUUAUAUAUGAGUACAUGCCCAACGGUUCCUUGGAUAAGUACAUUUACUCAGAGAACCCCAAAGAAAUUUUAGGAUGGGAGAGGCUCUAUGCGAUAGCAAUCGAGAUUGCUCGUGGCCUCGAAUACUUGCACCAUAGCUGUAAUACACGUAUCGUCCAUUUCGAUAUCAAGCCCCAAAAUAUCCUUCUAGACAAGGAUUUCAGCCCAAAGAUUGCUGAUUUUGGUCUGGCUAAGUUGUGUCAUACAAAGGAGAGCAAGCUUUCAAUGACUGGAGCUAGAGGAACAAUUGGAUUCAUCGCCCCAGAAGUUCACUCCCGAACCUUUGGAGUGGUUUCAACAAAGUCAGACGUUUAUAGUUAUGGAAUGAUGCUGCUGGAGAUGGUUGGAGGGAGGAGAAAUGUUAGAUCAAUUGUUGCAAAAUCCAGUGAAAAGUAUUUCCCUGAUUGGAUUUAUGACCACUUUGCGCAAGAUGAUGGAUUACAAGCAUGUGAAGUCACAAAUGAAAUUGAGGAGAUUGCAAGAAAGAUGAUCUUAAUUGGCUUGUGGUGUAUACAAGUACUACCUGUGCAUCGCCCAAAUAUAACAAAAGUUCUAGAAAUGUUUGAGAGAAGCUUAGAUGAUCUGGACAUGCCGCAGAAGCAAAACUUCUGUGAACUACUUGAAAGUUCAGCUCACAAUAUGGAUGUACAAAGUUCAAGUUCUACCAGACCUGAGGAGAUCAACCUUGCGAAUUGAAAAGCCGUAAGACUGUCGCCAACUCUUUGAGCAGAUACGCCUUGUGGAUCCAAAAAUCCUACAUUAAUCCCCAACACCGUAAUUAUGAGAAGGUGGCAUGUACAGGCACAUACUCCAUGUAUGCAUGACCUAGAGUCAAGAGCAUCCGCAUGCGAGCGUCCUAAUUUAUGGACCAGAGAUGGAAUAAAAUUUGCUCUGGUGAAUUUUGUGUUUCAGGUUCAACCUGCUAAAAGGCAUUGGCUCUUAUGCCAAAGGCACACAGCUACCUAACUUCUUGACUGGAAAUUUCCCCCAAAACUCAGUAAAUGCGAUUUAGGCUCUCAAUCAUUGUCCUAAAGUAUCAGGAUCCAGAUGCAUAAAGUGCAUAUCCAUCUAAACUUUGUGAUGAUAUAUGCCAAUUCAUAGCGAGCAGAUUAAUUGUGGAAGCGGGUGGCACAUAGAGCAUACUUACUUUAUCCUCUUAUGCUCUCCUUGGUGAUAGGUGGUAUCAAUUCAAUGGUGCGCCAUUUAAUAUAUUUCAUGUAUAUACAGACUCUAUUUAAGGGUGGCUCUACCUGGAAGCUGGAACAAACAGACUCGGAUAAAUAUAUUAUCGAAGUUCCAUUAAUCAAAAUCACUGUUUGAGUUAGAUAGCAAUUACUUUAUCUGAUGGAACAUGUAAAGAUU